GCUUCUCCCUUUGGCCAUCUUUUUCUACACUUUCCCUGGUUUUCUUUUUCCCGAGUUCCCCUCUUCCUUCCAUCUCUACCCACCUCUUUCCUCUCUCUCUCUCUUUGUCAAGCCCUCUGUCGCUUGUUUCUCUGUGUACCCAUCUCGGUCUUUUUGCCCAACUCUCUCUCUCUCUCUUGCUAUCUUGCUCUCUACCAUCUUUGUCUACUUUCUCUCUCUAGACCUCAGUGCCAUUCAAAAACUCAAGCGAGAGAGAGGGAUCAAAAUUCGGAAAGAUCCUGCUUUUCUGGUCUCUCGAGGCGCACUUCUCCUUCGUGCGCCCCGCCUCAUCUUCUCUCCGCACGGCUUUAUUUCGAAUUCUGAAAAUCCAAGCGAAAGCCGCCCCCUUCGUAUUUAUUGGGAUUCCUUCCCCUUGAGAAAAUUUCUUCCUUUCUUUUGUUUUCUGUCUUCUUCUCUGCAGUUUAGGUUGCCUCUUUCUCUGGGUGGCGAUGGUCCCGAUCAUGGAUAAUUAGACUAUCGGUUUCUUGUAAUGGUCCUGUAGAGUAAAUCGAGAUAACAGGGUUGACAUCGUUAGUGCAAAAUGGGUUCUGUAAGUCUUUAUCUGGAUGAUGUACGGGAGAAUGUUCCAGAGGUCAUUGAUCUUCCUCAGAACGAUGACAUGCUUGAGGUCAAUGAACUUGUGAACGACUCUAUUACACAAGCUGCACCAAAGCAGAACCUCACCGUUGCGAGUAGUGUGCGUGAAUUAUUAGAGUGCCCUGUCUGCUUGAAUGCCAUGUAUCCUCCCAUACACCAGUGUUCAAAUGGGCACACGUUGUGUUCUGGAUGCAAACCCAGGGUCCACAACAGAUGUCCAACAUGCAGACAUGAACUUGGGAACAUAAGGUGCCUAGCAUUAGAGAAGGUGGCUGCUUCUCUUGAGUUGCCCUGCAAGUAUCAGAGUUUUGGAUGCAUGGGCAUAUAUCCUUAUUACAGCAAGCUAAAACACGAGUCACAAUGUUCGUUUAGACCUUAUAACUGCCCAUAUGCUGGUUCUGAGUGCACUGUUGUUGGUGAUAUCCCGUCACUGGUAGCACAUCUCAAAGAUGACCACAAAGUUGAUAUGCAUAACGGGAGCACUUUCAACCAUCGAUAUGUGAAGUCCAAUCCACAUGAGGUUGAGAACGCUACCUGGAUGCUUACGGUGUUCAGUUGCUUUGGACAGUACUUUUGCCUGCACUUUGAGGCUUUUCAGCUAGGGAUGGCACCUGUCUAUAUCGCCUUUCUCCGUUUCAUGGGGGACGAUAAUGAGGCCAAGAAUUACAGUUACAGUUUGGAGGUUGGAGCUAAUGGGAGGAAGAUUGUUUGGCAAGGGGUUCCCAGAAGCAUCAGGGACAGCCAUAGGAAAGUUAGAGACAGUUAUGAUGGCUUGAUCAUACAGAGAAACAUGGCCCUUUUCUUCUCAGGUGGUGACAGAAAGGAACUGAAGCUCAGAGUAACAGGCAGGAUAUGGAAAGAACAGUGAAGGACUGUUGAUUUCCUGAUAUCUCAUGAUGUGGUCGUCUUUGUUAAUUUUAAGGAACAUGGAAAGCAAAGACUCUUUGCUUUAUCAGAUGACCAUGUGUCUGUAUUGACUGUAGGUUGCACGUUUUUCAUCAAUGAAGAUAUCUGCAGUUUAUGGAUCA